AUGCCACAGCUGAGCCUCUCCUGGCUGGGUCUGCGGUCGGUAGCAGCCUCCCCAUGCCUGUUCCUGCUGCUGGUUGGGGCCUCCUGGCUCCUGGCUCGUGUCCUGACCUGGAUCUACACUUUUUAUGAAAACUCUCGUCGCCUCCAAUGUUUCCCUCAGCCCCCCAAACGGAACUGGCUCUUGGGUCACCUGGGUAUGGUACCACCUACGGAGCAGGGCCUGAAAAAAGUGUCUGAGCUAGUGGUCACCUACCCUCAGAUCUAUAUGACAUGGAUGGGCCCCAUUUUCCCCAUCAUCAAUUUGUGCCACCCCGACAUCGUCCGAUCUGUCCUCAGUGCCUCAGUUUCGGUGGUGCUCAAGAACACAGUCUUCUACAGCUUCUUGAAACCCUGGCUGGGGGACGGGCUUCUGCUGAGUUCCGGUGACAAGUGGAGCUGUCACCGUCGCAUGCUGACACCAGCCUUCCACUUCAACAUCCUGAAGCCCUAUGUGAAGAUUUUCAAUGACAGCACCAAUGUCAUGCAUGCCAAGUGGCAGCAUCUGAUCUCCGAGGGCAAAAACCGUCUGGACAUGUUUGAGCACAUCAGCCUCAUGACAUUGGACAGUCUCCAGAAAUGCAUCUUCAGCUUCGAGAGCAACUGUCAGGAGAAGCCCAGUGAAUAUAUUGCCACCAUCUUAGAGCUCAGUGCCCUUGUGGCCAAAAGGAACCACCAGCUGUUUCUGCACAUGGACUUCCUGUACCAGCUCACCCCCAAUGGACAGCGCUUCCGUAAAGCCUGCCGCCUGGUGCAUAAAUUCACAGAUGCUGUCAUCCAGGAACGACACCGUACCCUCCCUGAUGAGGGUCUUGAUGACUUCCUCCUGGCCAAGACCAAGACCAAGACAUUGGACUUCAUUGAUGUGCUGCUACUGACCAAGGAUGAAGAUGGAAAGACAUUGUCAGAUGAGGACAUAAGAGCAGAAGUCGACACUUUCAUGUUUGGGGGCCAUGACACCACAGCCAGUGGUCUCUCCUGGAUCUUGUACAACCUGGCGAGGCACCCAGAAUACCAGGAGCGCUGCCGGCAGGAGGUACAGGAGCUCCUGAGGGACCGGGACCCUGAAGAGAUCGAAUGGGACGACCUGGCCCAGUUGCCAUUCCUGACCAUGUGCAUCAAGGAGAGUCUGCGGCUGCAUCCGCCGGUCACGGCCAUCUCGCGUUGCUGUAGCCAGGACGUCGCGCUCUCUGAUGGCCGGGUCAUCCCCAAAGGUGUUAUCUGCAUCAUCAAUAUUUUCGGGGUCCAUCACAACCCAGCAGUGUGGCCGGAUCCUGAGGUCUAUGACCCCUUCCGCUUUGACCCAGACAACAUUAAGAACAGGUCACCUAUGGCUUUUAUUCCCUUUGCAGCAGGGCCCAGGAACUGCAUCGGACAGACGUUCGCCAUGAGCGAGAUGAAGGUGGCGCUGGCGCUGACGCUGCUGCGCUUCCGCGUGCUGCCCGACCACGCGGAGCCGCGCAGGAAGCCUGAGCUGAUCCUGCGCGCAGAGGGCGGGCUGUGGCUGCGGGUGGAGCCGCUGCGCGCGGGCGCUCGGUGACCACAGCCUGCGGGACCCGACCGU